UAUCAACAGAGAUACAAGAAAUCUAUGUGAGGAAAAAAAAUGUAUAUAUAUGUGUGCAUUAGAAAUAUAUGGAAACUGAACGAUUUUGUAAACAACUAUUAACAAAGAAAAUUAAUUAGUGCUUUGUGACCGCUCAAAGAGAACGAACUGUACAUAAAAAAUACACGUGCUCCGCCGAGCGUAUCGAAAUUAUGACAUUAAGUCAGGGAGGUUAACGGAACAGCCAUUGUAUCGCUAAACACGGAAAGCACAUUGCUCGGAGAUUGGAUUGUGGAUUUUUAGUACAGUCAGCCGAACGAUCGGAGUAAAAUGUGUGAAUUUAGUGUACAUUCUGUGAAUUUACCAACAUGAUUUUGCAUAUAUUACUGUGUAUUGGGCUUUUUUUACACGCUAAUUCUCAAGCCCCAACAUGCUGCAGCAGGGUAAAAACCGAGGAGUGCCGAACAGCUUGUCACAUGCUGAAAACCUCAGGCACUCAACAAGAACAGAUGAAGCACCUGCUGGAAGUGUCCAAGAGUUGCCAAGGCGAUCAGGUUGAAUUCUGGCAGUGUGUGAACCAGACAAUUCUGGUCGUCCAAUCGUUAGCUGUGUGGUCCGGACGACCUUGCUGUGACCUUGCCAAAAAUCGAGUGUGCGAGCAGGAUUGCAGAAAGGCUCACUCCCUGAAUGAAAUCCAUAAGUCCUGCGGAGAGAGAUUGGAGACCAACCUGUAUACAUGUGUAAAGAAACAGAGAGAGGGGGAGAUAUGCUGUGGAGCUGAUCAAGAUUUCAACUGCCAUGUCACCUGCCAGGGGUCAUUCCUCGCCAAUUAUAACCGUAAAUCUCAGCGCCACGUUCUACGCCCGCAGUGUAAGAGUACCAGCUCAAUAAUGCAGUGUGUCACAAGUCAUGUCAACCACUUCCAAGUCGUCAAACUCAUCGAUCAUCUGCCAUGUUGUUACCAGAUUGAGAACCAGCGUUGCCGGGACACCUGUGUGAGGACACUGUCCACUAUGACUGACCAGUACAGAAUUGCCGGUGAACUUGAAAACAUAUGUGGACCAAUUUUACCCCAGUUUCCUCCAUGGAGCUGUUUUCUGACACAGCCCCUCAACAAGAAAGUAGAGGAAAUAGUGAUGGACUAUGCUCGUCUACAGUGCUGCUCAAAAGCCAGCAAUGACCGUUGUCAGACGCUGUGUACAAGGACAUACAGCAGUGAUUGGACGAGAAAGAAUUCCGAAUUCCAGUCCAGCUGUCAAGACCUAACACUGCCCGUGUCUAGGAUGGAGGCCCCGAUGUUGACAUGCAUCACUGAUGCUUAUGAACCAUGCAAACUGGGCUGUAAUGGUCUUGACUUUUGUACCAACUUCAAUAAUCGCCCCACAAGUCUUUUCCGAGCAUGCUCCAAACAGUCCGACAACGCUGCAAGAACGGAGUUUCAGAAAUGGCUUCAUACAAAACGACCGCGAUCAUUAUCGCCUCAGCUGCAAAUACCUGUCAAAGAUAUCAGCACAUGUGAACCGGAGAUGUGGAAGGCUAUUGCCUGUGCAAUGCAGAUCAAGCCGUGUGGUCGUAAACCUGCCUCCUUUGUAAUUUGUAGGGAAGAUUGCAAGUAUCUGUUGAAGAAAUGUCUAAACACCAGUGCCAGUCACCCGACGCAGUCCGUCGACCAGCUGUGUAAACUUCUCUCUCCGGACGACUUGGCUGGGUCUUGUAUCUCUAUCAAACAGUUCACAGAUCAGAGUCCCUUCAGUGAUUAUCCCAUCAAGGAUCUAACCACGCCCUGCAAUCCCAAUCCCUGUGAAGCAGAUGAGGUGUGCUGGAACAACCACCGCAAAUGUCACCACCCUGGGCAGUGUCCAUCUUAUGUCUGUCACAAAGCCUGCACAAUGGGGAUUGAUUCUGCAAUGGCGGUACCUAGGCAUGUGUAUGUGAGACUGCCCAACACGUCGCUUGGCAACGGCCAAUCAAGAGGGUGUGUUAAACAACAGAUCUGUCGCUGUGGCAACAAGAAGCUGGAGGAUUGUAGAAGUGUUCCAUGUACAAGACAAGACAAAUGUCACUUAGGAGGCACCCAAGGGGGAAUCAGUAAAAAUCACGGAGAACAUUUCCGAAUUGACUGUAAUUUCUGUAUCUGUCACUCGGGGGAGCUGGUCUGUACCAAAGGUCGAUGUCCGACUACUAACGAGGACACCACUCUCACUGGUCUGUCAUGUGACUGCCCGCGUAAUUACGAUCCAGUGUGUGGAGAUAACGGCAAGACUUAUCCCAAUGAAUGUCUGGCCAAAAGAUGUGGGCGUUUGAGACCUGAUCAGAUUCGUCAAGGAGCUUGUAAGUCAACAGAUCCGUGUCAGGAUAAUCCUUGUGGAAACAGCUUCAGGUGUCUGCCGAAACCACAAGUUUGUCUGAGUAUAACUAGGGACAGCUGCCUACAGUAUGAAUGUGUUCCCCGUGGUGUGAAGUGCAACGUCCAUUAUCAUGACCCGGUCUGUGACACAGCAGGAGAGGAACAUACAAACGCCUGUCUGUUACUGCAGAAAGGCAAGACACUCGCCUACAGGGGUCACUGUCAGACUGACUGUUCUGACUCGGGCCCGGUCUGUGGACAGGAUGGAGAGACGUACGACAGCGAGUGUGCGGCUUUGGCCGCCCGUAUCACCGUGGACUACUCGGGACCCUGCAGGGUGGUGGGGCACUUUUCAGGGAACAUGACCAGCGGUGUGUGUCUGGGUGUGACGUGCGCCCCUGUUCUACCUCGGCAGUGUAAACCCAUCCUCCCCCCUGGGGCCUGUUGUUCUGUCUGUGCUGCAGAACUGAGAGUCCUGUACAAACCUGAGCUGGCAGAAAUGGUAUCCAAGGAGACCAUGUCCGGACCAAUCAGUGUCCAGCAGACUGUUGACGUACUGUCCCACAGCCUGGAGAUCCUGGAGUGUGAUGUCUUUGGUUUCCUUGGUGUUGACCAAUCAGAGGUGGUCAUCCUGAUUAAGCCAAUCACAGUUCAGCCUUCUAUGUUACAGGUACAGGCCUGUAUCAGGGAGGCAGAGAGAAUCGAGUACCUAGUCCAGAGAGACAGUCCAUUACUGAAAGCCUACGCUACACUCACCCCUUUUCUGUUGGCCCCCAUGCGAGCCCCUAGCACCCUGGCGGUGUCCAGUAGUGGUCCCUUCACUACCUCUCUAUCUCUCCUGCCUGCAUUAUUGAUAGUGACUUUUAAUGCUAUCAGGAUGUUAACCUCCUCAUGACCAAUGGCUACAUUGUCAGGAAUUGAUCUUAUUUGUAAUGCAGUGUGAAUACCGAGUGGUCGAAUUAGUGUUAACUUAUGGGGACCCUGUCAUAGGAAACGUGUUCAUAUGUAGCUGAGUCAUCAGAGAACCAAUAUGAAACAGGCAUUUUGAUUGGAUGAUUGGGACGAAGCAGUUAUUCUAUUCAGAGACCCCUCCAAGCAGCUGAGUUAUAGGGUGAAAGAAUAAUGGCUUCCUUGCAGGUUUCUGGAUGAAGUAUGUUUACAAAGACCACGAGCUUCAACUGAACAUGCAGAAAAUGAUGCAUGUUCUGGACAAAAUAAAAUGGCUAAGUACUCUUGUACUUUUUUCUGUGGUCGCUUAUUUAUAAUUACAUUGUGGUCCUGCGACCAAAUACCUGACUGUGAUAUCCAAUCAGUGCUUAAAGACAAAGAGGAACAAUGAUUUGUCAGGAAGUGUAGCAUACUGGGAUUUGAUUGGAGGAUGCUAUGGUCCAAUCAGUAUUACCGUUCUGGAAGGCUUUGAUCGUGAGAUGGUGCUAUGGAAUGAUAGCUUUACAAAGACAAACAGCAUUUAAACCAACUCUAAAUUGUUAUUGUUUAUUCAGUACAGUGAGUAUCAUUCAUCUUGUAAAGUGAAAGUUUGCACCUGUAACUGUUGCAUUGCAUAUUGUGUAAAUGAUGGCAUUACCUGUAUGUACCUUGUGUAACUUUAUGAAGCAUUACAUCAUCUUUAUUUUUAGUACUAGAUUGAAACAAACCAAAGAUCUUCAUAGCUAUUAAGCUAUAUCAUGACAUUUUAAUCAGGUCAUCGACAAAAAUCAGACACAAAAAGGGAUGUUUUGUGGUGGAAAGAGCUGCUUUUUUGUUUUAUCCUAGCUUUUGGAAAGUUUAUAUUUUUGUUAAGUGUGACUGGUCAGAAUCUCAUACAUUUGUAGUAGAAGAUGGAAGUUCUUGUGUAUAAUACUCAUCCGUCACAUCAUGUUAGAGAGAGAGAGAGAGAGAGAGAGAGAGAGAGAAAUAUGGUAUGUAUAUUCAGAUGUUUUAUGUUUGUACACACUCAACCCCAGGGGAUCUACAUGUACUGUGAAAUCAUUUGAUUUCAUUGGAUCAGAUUUCUGUGGUUUGAGAAAAAAUACAGUAUGUUUGUGGCAGAUGGUGUGUAACUCAACUUUUAGGUAGUUAAACAUGUAAAUUGGUAGUCUUUAAGGUAAUUCAUUAUGCAGAUUGUCAGUCUUUAAAAUAAUUUAUUAUGUAGAUUGUCAGUCUUUAAGGUAGUUCAUCAUUUCCUGUUGAUGUUAGAUUUGAUUCUGUGGGUUAAUGUCUGUGCUAAAAAAAAUCACACCAUACAAAAAUGAUUGUUUUGACAGUUGUGGAUAUAUUUUAAAUUUCACCAGACAUUUGCAGAAUUGUCUGAGGAGUCUGGAGAUUGAUUUUUGUUGAGUAUUGAUCUGAAUGAGAGGAAGUGUAGCUUGUGAGCGCUUUGUCUGUCUGUCUGUAAGUGGAGUGUGACACAUCUUGUUUAUCUGUCUGUGUGUAUAGAAUAUGUCACAUUAAAUUCUACAAAUUUGUAAGCCGCCUCUCUGUAAGUCAGGGAGGCCAUUUUGUAUUUAGAUAAUCAGUAUUUGUCUAGUCAUGGUUGCCUGAGGACACAAUGAUGGUAUUUUUUCUUUAUAUUUUGUACGAUUAGACUUUUUAUAUCCAUGUCCUCCCUGAGUUUUUUCUGAUGUGACUUAUCUAAUUUAUUUAUUUGAAUCUUUGAUAUAAACCAAAGGUAGCGGUUGUCAUUAGAUAUAUAGCAAAGGUAGCGCUAGAAUGGCAUACAUACAAACUCAUUUUAUUUUAAGAGAGAUAAAGCUUUGAUAUUGAAAUCGUAUGCUUUAAGUUAAUAUCUGUCCUUGAGGAGUGAUACUAAUGCACUAAAAUUCAUUUCUGACAAGUGACAACAAUAUUUUGUUUCAUAGCACUGACGUUUUGACUGAAAAAUUACAACGUUAUGCUAAAAACCAUCGCUGAAAAAUGACAAGAAUAAGUUAUAAUUCAUCAUUGACGAAUGACAAAAAGAAGCUAAAAUUUACCUCUGACAAAUUACAAAAAUAAGCUAAAAGUUAUCUCUGACAAAUGACAAGAAUAAGCUAAAAUUUACCUCUCACAACUGACAAGAAUAAUAAAAUUUACCUCUGACAAAUGACAAAAAUAAGCUAAACUUAAAUUCUGACAAAUGACAAGAAUAAGCUAAAAUUUACCUCAGACAAGACAAUGAGAUAACAUUCAUUUCUGACAAGUGACAAAUUAUUAAAAAUCGGCGUUGACAGGAGAUGGCAGUGUGUUAUAUUUCAUUUCUAUCAAAGAAUCUUCAUCACAUACGAUUUUGAAAACCCUCUGCAAACUUGACUUAAUUUGUAUGAAAAUUUUAUUCAUGUGGUAUAUGUACAUGUACCAAGUGAUUUGCACGGUGUGAUCACGUGAUUUUGUCAUGUGAUUUAUGUCCCGUUCAGUAUUAUAGCCAAACCAGAGUUGUUUUGUCAUUGUAUGCCUGCCACAUUUAUAAUAUGUGUCCAGUUGUUUUAAAUGUGCACAUAGUGCAUGAUGUUUGUUACAGAAAUAAAGAGAAAUGUUAUUUUGUU